AUGGAAUGUCAAAAUAAUAAUAAUAGUAACAAAAAAGAUUUUUUAUUUAAAAGAAUUUUUAAUAUCAAUUAUCUAAGAUGUAAUAUAUUCGAUUCUGUAAAAUCAAUACAUUCUAUUUUGGGUAAAAAGAGUUAUUGUUGGCAAAAGUUGCCGGAUUUCCCAAAUUUGUUGUUGAAAUAUAGAUAUUAUGAGGAGUUUGUUGAACACCUAAAUUAUCAAAUCGAUCUUUACAAUUGUGGAAAAAUCAUAUUUGAACUACCUCCUCUUUCAUAUAAUGAAUAUAGUUUUGGUGAUAAAUUUGAUGACUAUCAAACAGACCGCCAAAGGAGAGAAGAGGAAGAGAAUGAAGAGAGGAGAAAGAAAAGAUUAAAAUAUAAACAAUAUAUAAAGGCAUUGGAGAAUGUAUUGGUGUGGUUUGCUGGAAAUGGUCAAUUGGAUAGAGUUAAAUUCAUAAUCAGAAACUAUCAAUUCUAUAUAGAUAAGAUUUGCAAAGAGAAAUCUGUUGAGGCAGCUUGUAAAUACGGUCAUUUGGAAAUACUAAUGUAUUUCAAUCGGUUGCCAGACUGGAGAGAAUACUUUAAGAAUGCCAUAGACAUUUCAGCGGAAUUUGGUCACUUGGAGUGUGUCAAAUAUCUUUUCAAACAUAAUCAUCAUGUUCAUUGUGCCAUGGACAAAGCAUCUGGUCAUGGUUACCUGGAUAUCGUCAAAUUUAUUCACUAUGCCUCCAUUGGUCCUUAUACUGGAAAUAGUGUUUACGAUUAUUCAGAUAGUUCAAAGAGAGCAGGAUGUAGUACGAUGGCAAUUAACAAAGCUGCUAUGAAUGGUCACUUGGAUGUAGUAGAAUUUCUGUGUGAGAAUCGAUCGGAAGGUUGUGGAGAGGAAGCAAUCAAUUGGGCUGCAACUGUCGGUAACCUUUCAGUUGUCAAGUAUUUGCAUUACAAGAUUGGUGCUCCAUGUUUUUAUGAGGCACUUGAUAUGGCUGCGACCAACGGGUAUCUUGGAUUGGUGAAGUUUCUUCAUUACAAUCGCACAGAAGGUUGCUCCACAAGUGCCAUAGAUGGUGCUGCAAGAAACGGACACUUGGAGAUUUUGAAAUUUCUUCAUUUCAAUCGUACCGAAGGUUGUACGACAGGUGCAUUUGACAAUGCUGCAAGAAACGGUCAUUUGGAUAUCUUGAAAUUUCUCCAUGAAUAUAGGGAUGAAGGUUGUUCAGUGAUGGCUGCAAAUGGCGCGGCUUUUGAAGGACAUUUGGAUGUCAUUGAACACCUUCACAUAUGGAAUGUAGAAUUUACAAUUGGUGCAAUGACAAACGCUGCAGUAAAUGGUCAUGUAGGGAUCGUUAAAUUUCUUCAUGAAAAUAGGAAUGAAGGUUGUCAGCAAUCGACACUUGCUGAUUCCGCGAGAAAAGGACACCUCGAGGUCGUCAAGUUCAUCCACUACAAUAGAAGUGAAUGUUGGACAGGCAAUGCUCUGGAGGGUGCAAUCGAGUGCUCUAAAUUUGAAGUUGCAGAGUUUCUACACUCCAAGAGAAUAGAGGGUGUUACCAAUUCAUUUAUCACCAAGGUGUUGAAAGAUGGUGAUCUUUGUAAAUUGAAAUUCAUUGUAGAGAAUAUUAACAAGAAGCAACAAGUUUUAGAUGUAUACCAAACCCUAGAACACCAACAAAAAUAUGAUUAUCAAAAUAUUGAUAAUUAUAUUCAAAAAAUUCAUUGUAUUUAUUUAUAUACAAAUUUAGAUUAA